CUUUCACCACCAAUCUUAUAUUAAUUUCUAUUUAAGUUUGUGUAUGUUAUAUCGUUUAAUUGUUUCAAUUAUUAAAUUAAUGAGGUAAAAAUUCUUAUAUAUAAAGGAGGAUUUCAGAUCUUAAUUUAUGUGCCACUGGUGAAAUUCAAAUUUCCAAGAAUGAGCAGACGAGACGACUACCGUUAUGAAAAAAAUGAUCAUUACCAUCAUCGAUUAGUUAAUGAAAAAAGUGGUUCAAUUCACGAAAGUGGUUCCCGGACAUAUCAUCCCAACAACCCAAGGUCACGCCCUAGUUAUGAAUCACGCUUUCCUUCUUCUAAUUCUCGAGACUCUAACCAUCAUUAUCAUUAUUAUCCUUCAAAAUUUAGUUCUGGAAAUCGAUUCAAUGACCCUGACGUUCAUACCAGAGCGAGUGAUGAACAACAGACGCCUUUAAUAAAGCUUCCUGAUGCUGGUUUAGCGAAUCAACUAAAAUCCACGAAAAAAGCUUGGCAAGAUACCUCUAAAAACGUUUCUAAUUUUGAACACGAGUAUUUGCAGCAGAAAUAUUUUUGGGAAAAAGUUCGUCCAGACGUUUUUCGUGAACAACUAAGAAGUAAUACUGCCGAGAAAAGCUUAGACGACUUUGUCAAUAGUGUAAACAUCUAGAAUUCUUUUUCUUCUCUGUAAAAAUAGAUUAUCUAUGCAGUCUAUGAUUUUAUUUCCAUAACUUUUGUUUAUAUAGUACUUUAGUCUAAUAUUUAUCUUAUCCGUUGUUGUGUCCCUAGGCAAUAGACUUUGAUUAUAAAUAAUUUCUGGUGAAUACCCAUUAAAC